AUGUUGGAGCUCGUCGUCCUUUUCCUUCUCAGUUCCGUGACCUAUUUCUGCGCCCAUCUGGAGACCCCGACCACAAAGUGGGCACAUUUCUAUGCAGCAUGUCCCAUUAUCAUGGGCUUACUAUCCGCUGAACUGGUUUACAUAAAUGUAUAAAUAGAAACAGGCGUCACGAUGAAUUAUUUGAAAAAGAUGACUUUAUUUCGGCGGAGUGUUCAAAUAAAAAUGUAUUAAACUAUUUAAAAACAACAAAUAAUUAUGAUGACUUGCAAUUCGGCAGC